AUGCGAGCAACAUUCCUGCUACACGACGUCGAAGUACAAGGUCAGUUGGUGGACAUAUCCAGAUUUUCUAAGUGGAACGUGCUUAUCAGAACGCUGGCAUGUGUAAAUAGGUUCAUCAACAAUCUGCGAGCGAAGCGACAAGGGAAGGUGAUAGAAGUUGUUCCAGCACCGCCGAAAAUUAAAGCAUUAGUACUAAGGAAGCUAUCGGCUAUCGAGAAGCCGAUCGACCGCGAAGAACAUCAAGUAGCAGAAAGAGCGUUGUUGAAGUUGGCACAAGUGGAGGCAUAUCCGGACGAAGUGAGAACUUUGUUGAAGAGUCGUCAAGAAAAAUGUUCAACCGGAGUGAGUCUGGAAAAAAGCAGUCUUCUCUACAAGCUGUCACCGAUACUGGAUGAGUUUGAUGUAAUACGAAUGGAAGGACGGUUGGCCACGGCGGACUUCUUACCCUUCGAACUGCGUUACCCGAUAGUGUUGCCAAGGGGCCAUCAGAUCACACGUAAACUUCUGGACCAUUAUCAUCAAAAGUUCGGCCAUGCAGGACGGGAGACGGUCACCAACAAAGUGCGACAGAGGUUCUGCAUUCCGCAUCUUCGAGCCGAAAUAAAGAAGGUGAUGGACAGUUGCAUGUGGUGCAAAAUUAAGAAAUGCAAACCUGACACACCGAGAAUGGCACCGUUACUAACACAGCGUAUAACGCCCAAUCGUCGUCCGUUCAGCUUUAGUGGAGUCGACUUCUUCGGUCCCCUGGAGGUAACCGUCGGUCGGCAUGUGGAGAAACGAUGGGUGGCGUUGUUCACAUGUCUCGUUACCAGAGCAAUCCACCUAGAAGUGGCCCAUAGUUUGUCAAGCCAGUCCUGCUUGAUGGCAAUAAGACGGUUUGCAAGCGUUCACGGACGCAAGAACUAA